UGAAAAAAAGAAACUGAAACUCUGUUCGUGUGACAGUGAACAACAACAGUCAGAAUGGCUCAGAAGGGAGUUCUGUUGGACCAGGACCAGUUCUGUUGUUCUAUCUGUCUGGAAUUACUAAAGGAGCCGGUCACUAUCCCCUGUGGACACAGUUACUGUAGGAGCUGUAUUCAGAGUUGCUGGGAUCAGGAUGAUCUGAAAGGGGUCUACAGCUGUCCUCAGUGCAGACAGACUUUUACCCAACGACCUACUUUAGGGAGAAAUAACAUUUUGGCAGAGGUGGUGGAGAAACUGAAGACAGGACUCCUGCCUUCUACCAGUAGUCUGUGCUAUGCUGGACCUGGAGAUGUGGCGUGUGAUUUCUGCACCGGGGCCAGAAAGCAAAAAGCCCUCAUGUCCUGUCUGGUGUGUCUGGUGUCAUCCUGUGAGACUCACCUCCAACCUCACUAUAAUGUCCCAGGACUGAAGAAGCACACGCUGAUCAAAGCCUCCUCACAACUAAAGGAGAAGAUCUGCUCCCAACAUGAUGAACUGCUGAAGAUUUACUGUCGUACCGAUCAGAAUUUUAUCUGUUAUUUGUGUAUGAUGGAUGAACAUAAAGGCCAUGAGACAGUGUCAGUGGCAGCAGAGAGGACAGAGAAACAGAGUCAGCUGGGCAUGAGUCAGCAGAAAGUCCAGCAGAGAAUCCAGCAGAGAGAGACAGAGUUGAAGGAGCUCCAACAUGCUGUGGAGUCUCUCAAGCUCUCUGCACAGACAGCAGUGGAGGACAGUGAGGAGAUCUUUACCGAGCUGAUCCGCUCCAUUGAGAGAAGGAGCUCUGAGGUAAAGGAGCUGAUCCGAGCCCAGGAGAAGACUCAAGUGAGUGAAGCUGAAGGACUCCUGGAGCAACUGGAACAAGAAAUAGCUGAUCUGAGGAGGAGAAGCACUGAGCUAGAGCAGUUCUCACACACCGAGGAUCACAUUCAUUUCCUCCAGAGUUAUCGGUUUCUCUCCUGUUCCGGCAUAUCUUCAGACAUACCCAGCAUCGUCGUUCAUCCUCUUCAGUACUUUGGAGAGGUGAAUAAGGCUUUGUCUGAGCUAAGAGAUAAACUAGAAGACGUCUUUAAAGGAGAAUGGACCGAGAUCUCCACCACAGUGAAUUCAAUAGAGGUUCUACUACCUCCGGAGCCCAAGACCAGAGAACAGUUCUUAAAAUAUUCCCGUCAGCUCUCACUGGACCCAAACACAGCACAGAAAUCCCUCUCUCUGUCUGAGGGAAACCGAAGGGUGACAGUGGAAAAAAGUGUUACAGAUUCAAAUCCUGAUCAUCCAGAGAGAUUUGCUUUCUGGUGGCAGGUGCUUUGUAGAGAGGAUCUGUCAGGACGCUGUUACUGGGAGGUGGAGAGGAGUAGGGGAACAAUUUUUACAGCUGUUUCCUAUAAGGACAUGGGAAGAAUAGGUAGAGAUAAUAAUUCCAGACUUGGAUAUAAUGACAAGUCCUGGGGUUUAGAGUUUUCUGGUGAAGGUUGUUAUAGUUUCAGACACAAUAAUCUUGAGACUAAAGUGUCAGGACCAAAGUCCUCUAAAGUAGGAAUGUUCCUGGACUAUAAGGCAGGUACUCUGUCCUUCUACACCGUCUCUGACACAAUGACCCUCCUCCACAAAGUCCAAACCACAUUCACUCAGCCACUCUAUCCUGGGUUAUGUGUUUGGAACCAAGGUGAUUCUGCUGAGCUGUGUCAACUGUAGAGUAUCUAAUAUUAGUGAUGAUUGAUCAUGUUCUUUUAUUGCGGUCUUUACAAUUAAUUAUUCAAAGUGAUUUCAUCAGUGAUCUAUAACAAACUGUUUCUAAAAUAAAAAAGAUAUGAAUUUCAUUAUUUACCAAAUAACCAGUCAAUCAGCGAUGAGUUCUGUUUCAGUUCCUAAAUGUUACAUGUUGGACAGGCAUUUGAUUUCCACUGGCGGGCAUGUUUAUCCUACCUACCAAUGUAUUAUUGUCACUUCAGCACCAGGGACAGAAAGCAAAUCAUUUUAGCAUGCAUGGCUUACUGAGACUAUAUAAUGGCAAAAUACAGCUGUCAAUCAAAUUGGAAAGCUUAAUAAAGCACAUUAUUGAUCGCAUUUGCAGAUGAAGGUAAUAGCGCUACAUUCCCAACAGUAAUUAACAGUGUUAACAGUAACAGUUUUGGGAAGCAUCUUAUCCAAACUAUUUUGGGGUAAGACUAAACUAAAUUAAUGUUUUCUCGCUGGGUGGGGGGGCAUUGUCCCCGAAUGCCCGCUGAGCCGCUGGCUCUAUGCCUAUUGUGCAUUUGAUAUGGUCAAAUAAUAUUACACAAUUCUUGGAAAAAACUCUUACCUCUCAGGAAACCACAGAGUAUACAGACUAUAUCUGUUUUAUUAAGUAAUACAUUUGUGACAGUGUAACAAAAUGUAAUUAUUUUAGCAACACUUUUUUGUUGUUGUGUUCAUGCACUUGCCUUUUUGUGUGUGUGUGUGUCUAAGCCACAGACAUCAUUGGUAAAUGUUUGCUCCAUUUGGUUUUAUUAAUACAGGUGCCUUGCAUUAAUACAGGUGCCCCCGCCCCCCAUUUUGUUGCAUAACAACCCGUAUUUUAAAUGGAUUUAUAUUUCUUGUAGUCCAAAUUAGUGAAAUGAAAUUAAAAAAGCACUUGUUUAAAAAAGAUUAAAAACUGAAAAGUGUAUGUAUUCACCUGCCUUUGCUAUGAAGCCUCCUAAGUAAGAUCUGGUGCAACCAUUUACCUCCAGUCACAUAAUUAGUUAAACGUAGUCCUCCUGUGUGCAAUUUAAGUGUCACAUGAUCUCAGUACACCUGUUCUGAAAGGCCUCAGUCUCUGCAACACCACUUAGGAAGUGGCAUCAUGGACACCAAGGAGCUCUCCAAACGGGUCAAGGUUGGAUUAAAAAAAAUAAAAAGACUUUGAACAUCCCACGGAGCACCAUUAAAUCCAUUCUAAAUCUAACUCAAUUUUACUACGUUUCUGUCCGAUAAAGCUUAAAAUACCAUAAGUAUAUAUUUUUAGAACUUGUAUUAGACCUCAUGUCUUUUCAAAACAAAAAGCAAGGUUCACACUGUUGACCUCUUUUUUUGUCUGAUACUGAAAAAUGUGGGAGUCAGUCUUUUCUAAGUGAUGUAGAUCAUCUUCCAAAAUAUUAAGCUUGCUAACCCAAGUCUUUGCUAAUGUCUUUUGAUUUGUGAAGAGUGAAAUGAGCCUUUAUCAUUCAACCUCUUUUCACCCAUUUUGAUCAUCAGGAGCAAGUUAGAGCUAACAUUCUGCUCUCUUGAUUGAUGGUUUAGGACAUGG